GGCAGAGGGAGAGGAAGCAAGCCAGAAGAAACGAAGGAGGGGACUGUCCUUGUGUUCUCCACUCCCAGAAAGAAGCUGCGUUGCAGGAGUUCUGGAUCUUCAUCUUCCUGGGGAGCUGGGGUAGGAACCUUCCAUCAGGCACCUCCCAGAAUGAUGAACUGUAAGUCCAACUCCCUGACUUGCCUCCAAGGAGGAAAACCAGGGCUGCCCGUAGCUGCCACCACAGACUCCACAGCCACCUUGAACAAGCUUGCCCUGGCCACAGGGGGCACCGAGAAGUCCUGGUACCGUUGCAUCUUCCCCUUCGGCAUCGUUGCCUUGGUGAUUGGCAUUGCCGCCACCUGCAUCACCUUCACCAUCAAUGGGCCCCAAAUGGACAUUGCCAAGGUGGUCUCCGUGGCCACCUUGAUUUCCGGAGUUGGCCUCCUGGUGGCCGCGUUGGUCUGCUGGCGGGCGAAGCGAGAGCGCCAACGGAAAAAGCAGCAGGAAGAACCCCUUCCCUUGGAACCAGGAGCUCUAUGAAGCCAGUGCUGAGCUGACACCCCAGGGAGGAAACCUGUGCUGUAGAGAACCCUACCUUUUUCAUGUCAUCCAUGGCAGAUGUUGGAAGAAGAGCUGUGGAGACACCCAUCCCGUGUCUCAGGGAUGGAGAAGAACGAAACCCAGCCAACCCGGGGCCCUUUGAGGUCCCUUAACUCAGUGUGACAAGGGGCCUUAUGGACUAGUGAAGGUGUUCGGCUCACUCCAGGAAGAAUGGAGUAUCGGCCCCUGGAGGUGAGUGGCCAGGGUGGGUAGCCAGCUGGCCAUCCUUCAGCCUUUCCCCAACAACGAUGGCUCAAUCUCAGCCAGUGGGGCUGCUUAGGAAAAACCCAAGGACUAACUUCAGAAAGAGAGCAAUGAAACCCAGACCCCUUUCCUUGAGGAUGCUGUCUUUCCAGUGCAGCUACACCCACCUUUGCCUGAUUCUGAGAAAAACAAAACAUCCUUUUGAAAAAGGAAAACCCCAACACAUCAGUCCUGGGGAACGGAACUGGAUGGAAUGAAAAGUUCCAAGUUGCUUCUAGCUGAGAAGUAUUCUUCUGCCUUUCGUUACCCAUCCUCCAGGGGCUGUGGGGGAUGGAAAAGACUGGAAUUCCACCUACACUGGAAAGCCAUCCCUGUUUCCCCUGGGGGAAACCAGGUUGAAGGUCACUGUGUGGAUUUUUGAAACAAACAAGGAUUCCCGCCUGCCACCAUCGCAUUUAGCACAUUAAGCAAAGAACCUGUUUUGUUCUCGGACGGGAAGGAGUGCAGUCUGCCAAGAUGCCCACCGCGGGUUGCAAGGUCUCGUGAAAAUGCCAAGCCGUUGCAACUGCAACUUGCAAAGUUGUACAGCUUCUGACUGUGGGGAUGGGGGGGAGGGGGUGAUUUAUUCUGGAGUCCCAGUUUGGUGCCUCAAGACAAGCUGAUGCAGAGAUGCUUUUCCUUUUGAAGCACUGUGUCCUGAGGAGGUUUCUCAAGGGGGUGGAAGUAGCAAGGGGUAAAUUAAAACAGGAUCUACCUGGGAGUAAAUCCCUAGGCACGGACCCUGCACCCUUUCUGUCUUACUGUGCCUUGGUUUGGAUGCAUUCGUCCGGAUCUGGUUGUAUCCAGGAGGUGUGCACCGCCGAUUGUGGCAGACUGAACAUGUUAGUGUCUGGAAAGUGUCAAAAGUUAGCCAUUCUGGACAACAGUUGCAAAGCACAGGGUGAAUACUGUCCUCCUGGAUCAGGGGUUUGGAGGGUGAAAAAGCCAAUCCAUUUGACCUUCCCUCAGAGGGACAAGCUUGGGUUAGGGACAGAGAGAGUGAAAAAGGAGAUCAUGUGUAUUACAAAUAGAUGCAUAAGGGCGUAAAACAGAUUGCCGGCUUCAUCCUCUGAGGUCACUCCUCAGAAGGUGAUUGGACCCCGGCAAGACAUUUCUGUUGUCUUUUUCUGUGCCUCCCCCAGCAUCCCAUUAAAUCCGGGGUGUGCUGCCAGAAGCCUGGGGGUCAAACAUGUCCUCUAAAAAGGCUGGAAGGCAGCUGUCCAGGACCUUUCCCAAAGUUUCCUCUGCCUUAAGAAGAAAAUUGUUCAUGAGAAUUAAU